CUGGGUUCCAUGACAGCGUCUAGCGGCGUUGUCGAGGUGGCUUGAAAAGCUGGGGUCGACCGGUAGAAUAGUCAAACUCAUCAUGAAGGCGUUAGGGGUGCUUGCGACGAUCUUCAUCGUCUUUACGGUUUUUAAGAAAACCGAGGGGCAAAAUGCAGACAAAGGCCCUAAAGUCACAAACAAGGUAUGGUUUGACAUAACUAUUGGUGACCAACCCAUUGGGCGUAUUGAGAUUGGCCUUUUUGGAGCAACUGUUCCCAAAACUGCAGAAAACUUCAGACAACUAGCAGUAAACCCUGCUGGUGAAGGUUACAAAGGAUCUGUUUUCCAUAGAGUUAUUAAGGAUUUCAUGAUUCAAGGUGGUGACUUCACUAAAGGAGACGGCACUGGAGGUAGAAGUAUUUAUGGUGAUAGAUUUCCUGAUGAAAACUUCAAGCUUAAGCAUUAUGGAAUAGGAUGGUUAUCUAUGGCAAAUGCUGGAAAGGACACCAAUGGAUCUCAGUUUUUCAUCACCACCAAAAAGACUCCUUGGUUGGAUGGAAGACACGUUGUUUUCGGGAAAAUUAUCAAAGGGAUGGAUGUUGUGAAAGCCAUUGAGAAUACACAGACAGAUGGUCGUGACCGUCCUAUAAAUGAGGUGAAGAUAGCUGAUUCUGGGGAGGAUGCUGUUGAGCAACCAUUUUCUGUACCAAGAUCAGAUGCUGUAGAGUAGUAAAUUGUUGUUUUUCCUCUUUAGCACAAGUAUAAACUUACUGAGGAAUAUUUUGUUUCAACCUGUUGAUUUUGCAGGGUCAUUUUCAGAUGUUUGAUUACAGUAUUUAGCUAAUAAAAGUUUUUACAAAAGUUA